GUACUUGAGACUUUGCCUUUCUCGCCCCUUUUUAAAGGCAAACCUAAGAGAAACGGAGGCAGCUGCCGAAUCGCUCCACAGCCCUUGGCCGGGAUCCGGAGAAGAAGACAUACAAGGCCAUUUUGGGAGACCUCGUGUUGAGUUCAAAUUCGCUGAAGACUUAAAGAGCUUCGCCGGAUAAAGAAUCUUCACGUGACAUUCGGCGAACCGAUACUGCAAGUCAGUGCUGGAGCAGGAAUACGGAGACGGUACCUCUGGAACUCCUCAAGUGCUUCAGCAAAGUCUGGAUCCUCCUGAACUGCAAAUCUGACCCUCUGUGGUUGUCACCUGUAUUUCCUUGGUGCCCCCGGUCGGUCAUCGAAGUCUGAUUUGUUCCUUCAGUCUCGCUGUAUCCCAGUCUGUCCUGUUGCCUAUAGCUACCUGUUGUUUUCACCUUAGCCUGCAGUCUUAGACUCCGUCGCAGCAUGCCGCUGGUCGUGGUCCGCUCGUCCCCGCUGCUGUGGGUGCGCCUGGCCGCCCUGAUCUUCUCCUGCGUGGCCUUCAGCGUGGCUGUUCAUGGCGCGGGGCUGUAUUCCAGGACGGCCGACUGGUGCAUCUUCUGCUGGAGCUUCAGCUUCGCCGGCACGCUGCUGGUGCUGCUGGUGGAGCUGUUCGGCCUGCAGACCCGUGCGCCCGUCUCCUGGAAGAACUUCCCCAUCACGUUCGCGUGCUACGCCUCGCUGCUGUGUCUCUCUGCCUCCGUCAUCUUCCCGCUCUACUUCCUGAAGGGCUACCACCGGGACAGGAAGGAGUACGACUUCCGCGUGGUGUCCACCGUCUUCUCCUGCCUGGCCACCGUGACCUACAUCAGCGAGGUCAGCAUCAGCAAGGCGCGGCCCGGCGAGGUGGCGGGCUACAUGGCCACUGCUCCCGGGCUGCUCAAGGUGUGCGAGACCUUUGUGGCCUGCGUCAUCUUCGUGUUCAUCAGCGACCCGAUCUCCUACGAUCAGCACCCAGCCCUGCAGUGGUGCCUGGCUGUCUACUGCAUCUGCUUCAUCCUGUCGGCAGCCAUUAUCGUGCUGUGCGUCGGCGAGUGCACCGGUUGCCUGCCGUUCCCCUUUGCCCGCUUCCUGUCUGCCUACGCCAUGCUUGCCGUGCUCAUGUACCUGUCCGCCACCUUAAUCUGGCCCAUCUUCAAGUUCGACAAGAACCACGGUGGCACAACGCACCGCCCGUCCCAGUGCGGCUCCCAGCCGGGAUUCUGCUCCUUCGACAAGUUGGUGGCCGUGGCUGUGCUCACCGCCCUCAACUUCAUCCUCUACCUGGCCGACCUGAUCUACUCCGCCCGCCUGGUCUUUGUCACUGUGUAGGCACAGGUGGAAGGGGGGCUCUCAGCUGUUCAGGAGGGGGCAGAUGUGCAGAGUUAGAAUGGCAGUGUACGUAGGAGAGUAUAAGCUGUUUCAAUAUGCUGGCUUUAGCUUUAAACUUCCCAGGUUCCUCAAAAUAGUUGCCUUUUGCCUUACAGACAUCACAGCAUAUAAAUCACCUUAGAUAUGUAAGCAUUUUUAAUUGAUUAUACUUUAGUUAUUUGUUAUUACUGUUAGCAAAAUGUCACUGUGUCCCUGGAAGAAAUCCUUGUUAGUGCUGUUUUAUCACAGAACUUUUUUAUAUAUUGUUUUUUAACAACCGUGGGCUAUAAAAUGUUAAAUCCUGAGUUCUCAAGAGUUGUAAUGCAUUUUAUAUUUAAAAAAAAGGUCACUCAGAAAAGGCCCUAGUCUUCUGUGAUAGUUUAAGUGUUCACAUUUACAGUAAAUACUGUAUUUACUAUAGUACAUGAACUUGACUAAUGCAUUUAUGAGGUCGUGCGAUUGCUUAUUCUCCUUAUUUGUUAAAUAACCCGUUUUUAAGCGUUUGAGAGUGAAGUUAUGAAUUUAAAUCACGUUCUUUAACAUCUGUUCAUCUUGAUGCAUGUUUGUCUUGAUCACCGCCACCCAAACAUCACAGCCCGCUACCCUGGGGCGCUGCGGAGUCCUUAGAUUAUACAAUUAUAUACGGGGUAAUGUAUAUAUAUUAGUUUUAAAACACCAAUGCUGAUCUUACUUUGUAUGAGAUAUGGUCCUGGUCAUCUUUACCGUUUCCCAUUCAAGUUUUAACCAUGCAUGGUAAACGAGGUGGACUUGCCGUGUUCUGUUUAUUAUUGUACAAUGAACCUAAAAUAGCAACAGCUAGAGGCUGUAAAGGGAGAACAGAUCACAAGACUUAAGCUACAAUUUCAGAAAUAAUUUUAUUCAAUAUAAUUCAUGCAGCGACCCAUCGGGUCGGGUCUGGGUUCAAAGGGUUCGGCCCCGCUAUCUCCCCGCAGCAAACCACCCGUUCCAAGAGUGUGUUAACACACGUUACCACACAGUAAAUCCCGCACCACACAACAUCCCUAUUAGGGCACGGCACACCAAUAGCACUGCAAUUAACAGUAAUCCCCGCACAGGCAAGCGUUACGGGACCGGAACCGCCUCUCAAGUCCCGCCCCGACCACCAGCGGCUACGCUGCUUAUUUAAAACGCCGAUUAAAAUGUAGCGCCCCCCCCCCCAAGGAUCAAAACAGGGAGCGUUCACACAGGUCCGUAAUCUAGAGCGCCACACGGAAAGGGAAUACCCCCCACCGCUCUGUCACUAUGAGGAUGCAGCUACUCACGUCUAUCGAACACCACGGACUAAGCAGUGGUCAUGCACUCCUACCCCUACUCCUCCCACACCGGAACCUGUCCCUGCAGCCCAUUAUCUGGCUUCCCCGCCGGCAGCCCUAAGCGGCGCUUAACAGAAGGUCUCCCCCCCCCCCCCCCCCGAGCUCGGCUCUCACUCCCUCUCUUAACCCCAUCCUUCACAUACCUUCUACGCCCAUCCCUCAACGCCCCACACACGCACCAUCAUUACAACUGUAACUUUGUGUGUUUUCCCAGAAGUAUGAGCACGGUCAUUUUUCGCCAUUGAAAUUCCUCACCAGCUCAGCUGUUAAUUUUUCAAAGGUUAAAAACUUUAGAGAAAUGGUUUUAUUCCCCAAUGUAUUCGGUGAAAAAAAAACCCUGUUUGCGAUUUUACUGCUUAAUUUUUAUAUGUCAGGAAAAGGUAUCAGCCGUUAGAUGUUAAGAUGUAUGUGCUGACAUUGUAUUUAAUUUUUUUUUAUGGGAUCAUGGUGGCAGCUAGCAGCGCAAAUGACUUUUCAUCCAUUUGAAGGACCCUUGAAGUAAAACCGUGUCCCAAUGAAGGAGUUGUUGGCAUUGGAAAACCUUGAACAGAGUGCUGUAAAUGUACCGGUGUUGCAAAACGAGGUGCCUAAUGAUAUUUUUAAAAGCGAUUUAAACAGAGAAACGUCGCCUCAGUUCGCUUCUGUCGAUGUUUACGGCAGUACCAAUAACCAGUGCAUUCCGUGUACUUCACGCCAGUGUUAAUGUUGCAAGUCAUUGUUAAAUAAAGGCCACACAAGGAGAAAUA